ACCUACCCGCGUUAUUAAUUUUCACGCGUUAAAAAUGUAAAACAAUUUAAAGUCGUAAAAUUUCAGCGAGACCCUCGUUCCGCUGGGACCGGCAGUUUCCUCCGUUUAAUGUAACUCGAAGUUGUACAAGCUGGUAGCCAUCCUUCCGCGUGCUCGUAAUCCCGCAGCACGAGACAACGAGCAUUCCGCUCUAGAAAAUCCCGCGGCCCUCGUUGCUACACGAUUUUUCCUAAUUGCCGCGCGGCAGGUGCAGCGUCCCCGCUCCAAUAUCUUCGCAAAAUAUACGCGGCCGCGAUCUUAAUGAAACUUUACCUCUUGCGUCAACGUUUUUACUUUUAACGACGGUGCGUGCCCGUAUUUCAACGCUUUCCACCGGUUUUAAUUGCCCGCGUGCCCCGAACUCGGAGAGCGCGUACCGCAGCGAAUCGACUAUUAUCGUUUCCACCCGGAAUAACAACGCCCAAUUAAUUCCAAUUGUAUUAUCAAUUUAAUUUAAGGAUUACAAAAGUUAGUUUUCACCAUCGAGUCUUUUUUCUCCGUGCUCGUAUUUGUUUUCUAUUUUCUGACACCCGAUCCGUGAUAAAUAGCUGGCGAUUCGCAUUGCGCAAUGCGCAAUGUCAGAAGCAGGCGUUGAAGAUUCGAUUACCUAUAAUAUGGUAUCUUGCGCGACCCAAUCGGACGUUUCUAGCUCGAGAUAUGGCCUAAAAAAAUCGAGAAAAAAUUCAAAAAUUCAUAUCUCGAAAACCUAUCCAUAGAAAAUGUUUUCAUUGCGAUUUUCCAGUUCAGCAGGCCAAGAUACAUAAGAAAAGAAAAUGGUAGCAUUGAAUAUACAUUUCGGCUGUAAACUAGUGUUAUCGAUAGUACUAUAAAUUGCAUCUUAUUUGUAACGAAAUAUCGUUUAGCAACGAUAUAAAUUUCAAAUAAUGCCAAUAUCGUCCGCUAUUUAACGUGUCAAAGGGGAAAGAAUACCGGCCGAUAAGACACGUAUUGGAAAUUUCAUUACACACCGAUGCUGUAUCUUAACCGAUCAUACAUCUUGUAAACAUCGCACCAUUCUUUUCUCCCUUUUCGAUAAAAUAUUUCGAAAGUUUCAAAGAGAUCUACUCCGAGUCUGAAAGUAAGCGAUAUAAAACUCAAUUUAUUUAAAUAAAAAAAAAAAAAUACUUCAAUCUUCCGCUUGUUUCGAUUACAGGUGGGUCGCGAUGUUCAAGCUCCAACCGAAGCUGCGGCUCUCAUCGCGGCGACGUACUCCGGAUCAAAAUCGAGCUGGACACCGCACCAUCUGGAUCCCGGCCAAAGAAAGCUCUCCGGCAGGAUUGCAAUUCAGGCCGGCAGUCGUAUAGAUCACCGUUCACCGUCGCGUUCUAGAAUCCUUCAGCGAGUCUCUCCGUGUUGGUCCCCGUAAAAAUGUCUGCAGCGUUUCGUCGAUCAACAAAACCUCCGUCGAGAGCCAAGUCACGUCUCCGUCAACGUUCUCAUAGCCCGGAGAGGCUACAGGUUUAACAGCGGCUAGCCAAGGGUCAAAGUGCACUUCCGUUCAUCGAUGGCCUGGCAGGACUGUCCGAUCAUCCGCGUCGUCGACGACGACGAAGAAAGCGACGAAGGGGGCGACGAGGACCGUCGCGGAUAAAAUCGCCAGGAGAGAGAACUCAGGUCUGGAUGGACGCCAUUCUCGAGAUGCAGUUGAACGAAACAAUGGACGAGGACCUGGUAAACGCGACGGGGUUCUCCAACUUGCCCAAGGUCCUCGUAGGCACUGGCCAGAGCAAUCACUCGGACGUCUACGGGCACGAGGCCAGUCACGAGCUGGAACACGUCCUUCUGCUGACGGUGAAGGCGACGGUGAUGGGGUUCAUCAUCCUCAGCGCCCUGUUCGGCAACCUCCUGGUGAUUGUGUCCGUGAUGAGGCAUCGCAAGCUGCGCGUCAUUACCAACUACUUUGUCGUCUCGUUAGCCCUGGCGGACAUGCUGGUAGCCAUCUUCGCCAUGACUUUCAACGCCUCCGUCGAGCUCUCCGGCAAGUGGCUGUUCGGUUACUUCAUGUGCGACGUGUGGAACUCGUUGGACGUCUUCUUCAGCACCGUGUCCAUCCUCCAUCUCUGUUGCAUCAGCGUGGAUCGUUACUACGCGAUAGUGCAACCCCUGGACUACCCUCUGAUAAUGACCAACUUUCGGCUGAGCACCAUGCUCAGCGUGGUCUGGUGUUCACCGACGGUGAUGAGUUUCCUGCCCAUCUUCGCCGGAUGGUACACUACCGAGAAGCACCUCGAAUUCCGACGAAACUACCCGGACGUUUGUGUGUUCCAAGUGAACAAACCGUACGCCGUGGUCAGCUCCAGUGUCAGUUUCUGGGUGCCAGGUAUCAUCAUGAUCGCGAUGUACUACAAGAUCUACCAGGAGGCUGAUCGUCAGGAGCGCAUGCUUUACCGAAGCAAAGUGGCCACGGCGCUUUUGAACAAGCACCUGCAGAUCAACGGGAUCUCCGCCGGUUUGACGACGCUUCCGACAGUGGAUCAAUCGUCGACGAACCCACAGGUGGAGGAUCCACCGAUCACGAGCAGCAGCAAAAUGAGGAGGGAACGAAAGGCUGCCAGGACACUGGGGAUUAUCAUGUCAGCGUUCCUGGCAUGUUGGCUUCCUUUCUUCCUCUGGUACAUCAUCACAUCGCUCUGCGACACCUGCGAGAGCAGCGACGCGGUGGUUGCGGUGGUGUUCUGGGUAGGCUACUUCAACAGCGCGUUGAAUCCGUUGAUCUACGCCUACUUCAACCGCGAUUUCCGCGCCGCCUUUAAGAAAACCCUGGAGAGCUGUUGCGUGGCGAUCGGGCCUGUUCGCGACAUGCGCCAGGUGCACAGGAAGCAGGACCUGGUGCACAGCAACGCGUCCUCGGAGCUGCACGUAAACAACCAGCUGAGAGCCAGCGAGAUGACCAACGUGCACAUCGAGGCCUGCAUUUGAAUCUUCCAUAUCACCCAAACUCGAGAGACAAUCGUCGGAAUUGACAGUGUUGACUUUCGAUUCGUGUAAUAGCUAAACGUGUGCUGGCUCAGCGGGGCCUCGUGAUCGAGAAUAAACAGUCGGUACGAGAACCGUCCUCGACUAGCCGGAGUGUGACGUGCGAGUGAGACGUAGAUUAUAAUAUCCAUGGUGCAACAAUGACGCGUUCUUUCAUCGUCCUGAUUUGCCAAUUAGCGAUUAAAGCGUGUCUUCUAUGUGCGUCCGAGCGAUCUGGUUUUUCCACUUAAACGAGAGUCCAUGAUGACCGUCGAAUGAUUUUUAUUGUUAACACCGAGGCUUACAAAGGGAAGCUCACGUUACAAGGGGAACUCACCUUGGGAUUUCGAUGCCAAUUUUUUUUUUAUUAUUCUGGAGGUGAAAAAGAGAGAUACGUGUCCCGGCGUUUGAUCGAAUAGGCCCUAGUUUCGGAGUAAUAAAUUUGUGAAAAUUGAAAUUUAUUGUUUUAUUUUGGUGGUGCUGAUAUAAGAUGCAAGUUUUCGAAGCAGAAAUUAUAUUAUCAUAUUAUAAACAUUAAUGUAAAUUUUAUUUUGAGGGAUUUUUCAUUCAAGUAGUAAUAUUUGAAAUAAUAAGACAGGGUGUCACAAAAAUGUUGAAGUUCCUUGAAAGGGGUGAAAAUGUCCGAGGCUUCGUUAAGGAUAUAUUAACAGAAAACCCUGACCAAUCAGAGCGCGAGUAUGCCAGUAAAGUGUGACCUAUACUACUGCGGCUGUCCAGCGCGUGGCCUACACUACUGCGGCCGACUAGCGCGUAGUCUACACUACUGCGAGCGCUCGAUCGUCAUACUCGCGUUUUGAUUGUUCAGGGUUUUCUGUUAAUAACUCCUUAACGUAACUUCGGACAAUAUUUGGCCUAAGGAAAAAGUUGUUUCAAACCACCCUCCGAACCACCCCGUUCAAGGACCUCCAACAUAGAACACCCUGUAAAAGUUAUUUGUCAUAUGUAACAUAUAACGGUAACGCAGUCGAAUUUUCAAUCGUUUCAAUUUUUAAUUUCAUUUGGAUAUAAUAUUAACAGUAUUUUAAAUUUCUAGUUUUUAAAAUAAUUAGUAGCAGGGGUAAAAGAAUAAAAACAUCACCGGAUUGUGAAUGUGAAUUUUUUAAUUACAACAGAAAAGUAAGUUUCAAUUUUCACAAAUUUAUUACUCCGAAACUAAGGCGUAUUCGAUGAAACCCCGGGACACGUAUCCCUUUUUUUCACCUGCAGAAUAACAAAACAAAAAAAAGAAAAGAUUGGCAUCGAAAUCCCAGUGUGAGUUGCCUGUGCUUCCCUCUGUUAGUCGAACUCGAGACGUUUGCUUUGACGAUUGCUGCGUUUCCUUUCGAGCUUCAUUUUCUCAGGGUGUCGUGGACGUUAAGAUUUUCACAUUUUUAUGCGAGCUUCCUAGCUUGGAUAGCUAUUUUCGGGGGGUUUCAUCUUUCACAGACGUCGAGAUUACGUCGGAUUCAACGAAGAAACGCGACAAAGGCGAGUGAAAAGAUCAAGUUAGGGAUCAUCUAGGCGAUGCAAGCGUCGGGGUGGCUUAUCGUCGAAAAGGCCUCACGCGUGUGCGCGACAUCGACGUCCACUCGGCCAGGUUACACGUUAUUAAAAGAGAAGUUUAAUGGCCGAAGGAGCGUCUUGAAAGGCGAAAAUUUCCGUCACGGUCGACCUAUUUUAAGGGUGACGCCUGGUCUCCGCAGACUCGUCUAUUUCCGCCGCGUCUUUUUAUCGAGGCUGCAAACGAGUCUGCUGCCCCUGGACCAGCAGAUUGAUGAUCCGAUUCGAGUAAUAUUUUAAGAUUGGCUUGAUAACGUCGCCCCUGGAUCCUCUCUCGCCUGACGCCUCUUUUACCAGCUCCCGGCUUAUUAAGUUUCGCCCUUUUUAACAAGAUUCGCUCGAGUUCGCACCGAGUGGCGCGAAUUUCUAUGGGAGUGCCUUGAUUAACACGUUGAACGUCACGUCACCCAUAUGAGAGCUUUUAAAGAACUUCAACGAAUAAUCUAAAGGACCAAGUAUCGAUGAAAACAAAUCUGAAUAGAAUUCGUGAAUUUUGAUGAGAAUUCAAACAUAAUACGACAAAUGUUGGAUUCUAUAGUCUAUAGUCUAUCAUCGUUGAAAUUUUAGUUUAGACAUUUCCAUGCGAAUCAGAGUGGCAGUCAACGUGUAAACGUAGAGGAACUGCGCAUUAGUUCGUGGAUUUUCCUGUUUCGUUGUCACGUCAGAGUUCCCUCUCGGAUUUUCAAACUUUCCAAACGACGAAUUUGACGAAAGUCUGACGUCGUUCUGCAGAGAGUUUAUAGCAGCCAGACAGAAAAGAUUAAAACGGAGCGCGGCUAAGGGGUUUGUAGAACGCGUAACGACAGGAUUUCGGUUGAAAGCCUGUCGCGUCGGAGCAUGGAAAUUACCCCAAGUGUGAAGGCGCCUAGGGCGUUAAGGUCGAUGUUGACACAGGGAAUUAAAGGAUAAACGCAGCCAAAGGGGAUUACCUCGAAACGGCAAGGACACCUGCGUAUUUGGGUGAACCGUGGAACAAUAAACGCGUAAAUUUACGGUGUACGAGCGACAGCUGGGUCAACACGGUUACGAUGAGAGUAUGUUCGGCGCGGUUGAACGCAAUUUGAUGCCGAAUUCUUACGACCGCAGAACAGGUGGAAGAUAUUAGCUCGUCCCAAAAGUUUCUUCCGUUUUAUUAAUAAGUAUAGUAAAGACUAAAAAUAAGUGCAAGAAAAUCGGGACCCAAAUAUUGCAGUUAUCCAGUCGAGGUUUCUAUUCUGUGUUUGCUUACAUUUGGCUCGAGUCGGGCUUAGAAAAGGACAGAGGGUGAAAGAGAAAGAGGUCCGAGGGAAAAAGUAGUCGGCACAAGCGUAUCAGUGAGACAACAGUAAUGUAACACUCAUAUCUUGGUACUUGAAAUAAAAAUCCCUCAAAAUUAAAUUUACAUUAACGUUUAUAAUGUGAUAAUAUAAUUUCUGCUUCGAAAACUUGCAUCCUAUAUCAGUACCAUCAAAAUAAAAGUAAAAUAAAAAUAAAUGUCAAUUUUCACAUUACUCAGAAACUAAGGCCUACUCAAUCAAACGGCAAGGACACGUAUCUCUUUCUUUCACCUCCAGAAUAAUAAAAAACAUUGGCAUCCCAGAAUGAGUUAUCCGAGCUUCCCCUUUUAAGUGAAAGUCGCGAAAGGAACUUUUGAGACAACCUGAUAUUAAAUUCAAGCGCAAAUGGAACGAGCACUUACACGGCAGUCUAGCAAAUAGAAGUCCAUCUAAAUGUCUCGCGAAGUCGAGACAGCGGCCGUCCAUUCUCGUAUCGUUGAAUCAUCCGAAAAGAGAAUGGAUGGCGUUCGAAGGAAAGCUAGACGAAACCGUGAGAAAUGUCUGUCUCUGAAGCGACGCGUUACGUCUUGAUACACGCGAAGAGCUUUUUUUCAGACCGCGUCACGACUUUCAUCGACGGCAAAUAGAAAAACCUUUCCACGCGUACUUGUCUACCAGUAUCGUAGAAAAAUAAUAUUUUCGAUAAACACACUCCCGUUGCUAUUGUCGCAACGAAACCGGACACCACCUCUGCCGGGGUUGAAUCGAUAGUGCAUAGCUCCAGGCGCUCCAGCUGUUCCUCGUUUCGCAUGCAAAUGUAAAUAAUCCAUCGUAAACAAUUACUGCGAGCGGCAAAAACAAUCUCGAUUCGGGGAACGCCGGCGGAGAGAAGCGAAAAACGGGGACGGCGUUCAGCUGAGAGAAUCCGGAUUCGCGAGAAGCUCUCGUCGAAAGUAAACAGAGCUCGGUACUUUCGAGAUUUCGCUGAUUUAACGGAGAGAAACUGUCCGAGCGAGGAUUAAGUCGCCCGAGCUGGCCGAUUCAUCACAAUCAGUGGCAUUAGCUUCCCUGCGCUUUGAUCCUCGUUAACCGAUGAAGUUUCCAACGGGCUUCCGAGAAGUUUGACCACCCCGGCGAAUUAUUUGAGAAACGCUGACCUGCGGAUGACGUUUUAAUCUUUCUGUGACCUCUCCUCGAAGGAGCAAAGUUUAACGCAGAGUUCCUGUGAUCGAUCAAAUUUGACGCGGCUUGACAAAGCUGGGAAGCUUGCAAUUUCUUUUUUAUCUUCUUUCCCUGGAUUACAUUCCAAGUGAUUCCUGAUACGAAUCCGUUUUUCCUCCGGCAGGCUGUGUCGCGAGCAAGUGAUAUCGAGUUUCAUUCGUGUGCUCUCGCCCGGUUGAUUCGAGCGAAUUUAUGAAAUU